UAGCUGGAGGAAGUUCACCAGACUCAGUGUAAGUCGAACCUUCGAACGAGUGGUAUCUUCCGAGUUAAUAGUGCGAGCAACUUGAGCCGGCGUCGAAUAUCCUCUACGCCAUUUUAACGUCUCCACUCGUAUUCCUCGUAGUCGACAGGGGGGAUUAUUUUUUUAUUUUGCUCAGCAACUUUUACAUCGAAAAUUACAUAAGGAAGAUAUUGUAUUACAAAAUGAGUGACUACGAAUCGCUUGCAACUAUGAAUGAUUCCGAAAGACAUUCCAAAGGCUCCUUAGAUGCAAACAAAUAAUAUACAUAUAUUGCAAUUUAGACGGAUGGGAGUCCUCCUCAGUGUCGCAAACGCACAUACUGUGAAUAUCCGAACAAAGAGAAACUAUUUCAAAGCAAGCAAUUAAUGCAGGACUAAUUACGAACACAAUUGAUAUUUUAUGGUAGAAUUUGAAAUAAAAAUUCUGCAACUUUGUCCUCGUUGAAUAUUCUGCUUUUGUAUCCUGUGGGCGGUUUCCAAGCAGUUCGCCUCGAACAAAAGACCUUUGGCUGCAGGGGGGAGGGGACGGUAUUACACGUUUCCAGAAAAGGUUGGAAAUGGUCAAAGGGAGGUACCCUAAAUUUUCAGCAAACAAGAAUUUCCAAUUUACCUGUUGGCUUAUACUUUAUACCGAUCGUCGUAUGAAUUUGUCGUCGAUUGGUCGUGUUAGCCGAUUGUUUUGGAAGCGAAAUUUGCUAUCUAUAAACACACGCGCUCGGCAUCGGCGUGUGUUUCCCAUGGGCUCAGUCGAGCCGUGACCGUCCUGGGAGACGUUUACGUCGACACGCGAUAAAGUUUUUCUUGCUGCGAUACCGAAAAACGCGCAAAUGGAAUCUGUGGUGCCGUUGAGAUUCGACAACUUAGAAUUGAAAAAAUGGCUUCAUUUUGUGGGCCCUCCGCGACGCUACGGAGUGCUGCAAAAGUUACGUAAGGACCUCCAGAACUUUGGGCUGUCGCGGAGGCAAGUUCACCAAGCGUUGGUCCAACUCGCGACGAAACCACGUGUAAUUCUCAGACGGCAACCGACCAGCCGAAGGUAUGGCCCGAGGAAUUUAUCCUUAGAAAAUACGAAGGGAAUCGACGACGAAGAAGAGGAUAUACGCAAUGAAAAAGCAGAAGACCUAAAGGCAUUUAAAGGUGAACCACCUAAUGGGCCCCAAGAAUCACUCGUAUCGAGCAGUAAAUAUAAGUCAGGCAGUAACACAUUAACUACGUUCCACUCAUUUGAUAAAGCUUUACAGCAAUUGAAUCAAAUUUAUUUCGUAAAAAUGACUACACGUGAAAAUUCGAUGAAGAAGGGAGGCUGUACAGUUGUUACUGCAGACACGACGUUCAAGUCGCGAGGCAGAGACUGCACGAAAGAUGGUAACUUGCCUCUGAAGAAAAGGUUUAUGUGCAAUCAAGAUGAAGUUCAAGUCACACUCGUUGACGGUAUUCGCUCACCACAAAGAACUCCUGAUUUGUUAUCUGAUAAGGUGGGCGGUGUUAUUAAUCACAAAUCAAGUAAGAGACAUCGAAUUAAGCUCGAUUUACAUUUUCCUAAGCGGACGAACAAUGUUUCAAAAAGCAAUACCACUACAUUCCGUGAUACUAAAGCCGAGUACAAGAAUGAGAAUAUACAUAAGAUAAAGUCGAACGAGGCGAUAACUUCGGAUGCUUCACACAAGAGAAAAAAGAUUUCUGCUUCCAUAGAUGAAAUGAAAGAAAUUGACAAGAAAAAGAAGAAACAUUUGAAGGAUAAAUUUCGAAUAUAUUUUGGAAAUUUUACAAGUGUUAGCGAGGAUGAGCAGGAAAAAGAUAUCUUGCAGAAGAGGUUCAAGAAGAGAAGGAAAAAGGACUCUGUUGACUCUUGUGAUUCUGGAUUGUGUAUUAGCGACGGAAAUGUGGCUUCUAACUGCGUGGAAGUUCUGAAGGAUAUUCAAAGAGCUGUACCUGAUUCAACGAUGCAAGACGAAUUUAACGAAGAUACGUCCAAGAAGAUGUCUAUAAAAUCUGAGAUAACUAACAAACCACAAGUUCACAGAGAUAAAAGUAUUAUAAUUUCUAAUCAAAUUAAAAGGAGUAAAUCACAAGAUAGUACAUGCAAAACAUGUAACAUGGAGAAGACGAGGGAGAGAACACUUGAAGAGAAAUUAAUCAGUAUUUUCGGUACAAGUGAUGUAGUUCAAAUGACGACUCCAACGGAUGCUACCUCAAAAACAUGCAAUGCAGAUCGUGAUGUUCGACUAGAUAUAAUUGAAGACACUUCAAAAACUGUACCUACAGCAGAUGUUACAAGAUCAGUCCAAACAAGUGAGGAAUUAGAAGUCAAUGAUCCUGUAGGAAUAACAAGAAUAGACACUAACACAACACCUUGUGUUACCCCAGAAACGUGCAAUACAAACUGUAAUGCUGAACUAGAAGUAACCAGAAGCGUUUCAGAAAUUAUUACAACGGAUGUUACAAGAACAGUCCCAACAAUUGAGGGAUCACAAGCUAAUGUUCCUGUAGAAAAAACAGAAACAGACACUAACACAACACUUUGUGUUACUCCAAAAACGUGCAAUGCAAACUGUGAUGCUCAAGUAGAUAUAAGUAGAGAUACUCGAAAAUCUCAAAGAAAUGAUUUAGAUAUUAGAAUUUUUAACGAAUCUAUGCAAUUGUUUUCCAGUGAAAGUUGUCUGACUGCAUCGGAUUUGAAAGUAUUGACAGGAACAGUACCAAACUAUAAUAAGGAUGAUAAAGAUAAGGGAGGUACAUGCGCGGUAACAUGUGCCAUCGCGGGUACAGAUGUCGAAGCUGUUUCAAUAAGUAACGAUAUAUGUAACGCGUCGUACGAUAUAACCAAAACUGUAUUACAGGAAUUUGGACCGAACCAUGCCACAGAACAGAUGGAUGUUCAGUCGAAUCAAAUUCCGCAUCCUAGAUUAAGGGUACGAUCCAGUGCAGAGCUAGGUUCUAGAUGGUGUCCCACACCUGUACAUUCUAUUGAACCCACUGUUUUAAAUUCUUCAUACACAAAUACAAUAACACAGUCGGAUGCUGCUAGUAUUCCAUUGCCCUCAGCAACCUUCCAGAAACAACCAAUACCUGCCCAAUCUGUACCUGUAUUUGUCAAUUUUACAGCUCCAUCCUCCUUAGUUUACGAGGAAGCACCGCCUUCUCGCAGAACAGAGCAGACUAACGUGGAAUGUCAGGAAGCUAUCCGUAAAAUUUUGUUGACUAUAUAUACAAUAAUUCAAUAUUUACGCACUUCUAAUCACGCCAUCAACUCAGAUUAUGAUAUGUUACUAUAUAAAGAAUUUGAACAGUUAAAGAAUGUAGUGAAAACUGACAACUUCAAAAGACUCGUUUCCGGAGUUUUAAAUGGACUUAACAAGAAAAUGAUCAAAAUGCCUUUGUUGACUCUACAAGAGUUAUUUAUGUAUGCACCAUCACUCUUACCUUUAUACGUAGAGAGCUUAGAUAAAGAAAGCCAACUUCUAAAAAAUAAUCCUAAUAUACAUCUUAAUGUAACACCGUCAGCGUUUACUAAAAGAACUUUGAAUGAAAAUUCAUAUCAGAAAACUGAAACGUUGCAAAAUCCAUAUACUACACUCGCGCAGACUAAGCCACAAAAUUCGAUUCCUAUAACUACUAUACAAACUCAAAAUUCUACGAGUUUAAACCAAACGGCAUAUUCGAAUAUUAAUUCACCAAUGCAUAUGCAUCAUAAAUAUAAAUUGUCAACACAACGGCCAGCCUUACAACAGAAACAUCAUACAUAUUUAGGUAGGCAGAACCCAGUAAUGAAUGUCCAUGCAAUGCAAGGAAACCUCUUACAGCAAUCAUCGCAUUCAUCCAUUAAUGUAAAUCAACCAGGGAAACAUACGUUUGUACCAGUGACAAAUACAUCCUAUUUACAUCAUCAGUGUCAUCAUGUUCCACAAGACGCUUAUGCAUCUUCAGGAAAUAGAGUUUACGGUGUAAACACGUCUGUACCAAAUCAUAUGAUUCGACAAAACAGUAAUCCAGCACACGCAAUCCAGCAUGAAAAUACAAUUCCAACAUAUAUGAGCCAAAAUCAAAAUAUUAAUCCAGUAUACAUGAACCAGUUACAAAAUAGUCAAGCACAUAUAAUCCAGGAACAAAAUUUUAAUUCAGUACAAAUAGAGCAACAACAAAAUAUUAAGGGAAUACGCAAGAAUCAGCAACAAAAUCGGCAAGCAUAUCCAACAACUGUCCAGCAACAAAAUGUUAACUCAGUACACGCGAACCAGCAACAAAAUAUUAAUCCAGUACACGCGAACCAGCAACAAAAUAUUAAUCAGGCACAGGCAAUCCAACAGAAAAAUAUUACAUCUACGAAUCAACAUUUCCAAAACACUAUACAUACACAAUCGAAUUUCGAUACAUUACGAGGAAUUCUUCAGUCACGCGAUAGACCACAAUUAUUUCAAAAUAAACAACAGAAUGUUCCGGUAAUGAAUAAUAUACCACAAACUGUAGAAGAACUAACGAAAAAAUCUCAAAAUAGUGGAUCGGAACAAGCUACGCCUCCCCCAUGUAUACAAAACAAUCAUUUUUCUCAAGCUAAAGAAAAACCAAUCCCUACGACGAAAAGAAAACCUGUACAAACUUCAUUGGAAUCGACAGCGACGGAAUUUAAUAUGUUGCAAAAUUUUUCUGAUAUUCAAAAAAUUAUGUUAUUCAGGCACGUAAACUUUUACUGUAAUAGUUGCUGUACAUGGUUCGAGCAAUCGUAUACUACUUCGCAACAGUGGCUGGAAAUUUAUAUCGAAAGGUUGCUACUAUUUCAGUUUCAAGCUGUUUUGAAACGCAUUGUAGACAAAACUUUGAAUUAUCACAUAAAAAAUCUUUCACAAGACAAAUGUAAAACAAAUACGUCGAAAAAUAAUGUGCUUGAAAAUACUAAUAUUGAUGUUCCGAAAGAAGUACAAAUUCCUUUACAAGAGAAUGAAGUUAAUGGUUCAGUUUGUAAUUCUGAAGCAAAACAGCAAUGUAAUACAACUGAUGCAGUGCAAUGUAAUACGGUUCUUCGAGAGAAAAUAGAAUCAAGAAUAUCGCAAGAGGAAAAUGUACAAAAGACUGAACAGGAUGAACAAACAACAUUACAGGAUACUGAAAAUCGUACAAAUGUUAUAAAAGAAGAUUUUGGAAGUUCUAUACAAAAACAGAGUUCAGACGAAUCAGCGAAGAUUAACGAAAAUAUUUCUGACACGACUCAAAACGAAUUAUUGCCAGCACCUAUGUUAGAAGCACGCAGUAAAGACAUAGCGCAACAGUCGAACUCGCACUUAGUUAUCGUAGAAAUUUCUCCUGAUAACGAUCAAGUAAGAGUUGUUGAUACCAAUGUAAUUGGUGAAAUUAAAGAUGGCGUAAUAGAAAUGAACGAAAGUAAAGAUACCGUAAUAAUAGUGGAUGAAACUAAAGAUGGCGUAAUAGAAAUGAACGAAAGUAAAGAUACCGUAAUAAAAGUGGAUGAAACUAAAGAUGACGUAAUAGAAAUGAACGAAAGUAAAGAUACCGUAAUAAAAGUAGACGAAACUAAAGAUGGCGUAAUAGAAAUGAACGAAAUUAAAGAUAGCGUAACAGAUGUGGAUGAAACUAAAGAUAACGUGAUAAAAAUUGAAAGCAUGGAGUCUGUGAAGCAAGAACAUAAUCUAAAAGAGCAAGAACUUUGUUCUACUACUGGGUUAUUUAUUGCAACUGAAAGUUCAGAUAAUGAUAUUAAAUAUAUUAAUGAUAUAGAUAUAAACGAAGUUGCGACGGAAGACAGUAUUACAUCGUGUAUUGUAGUAGAUGUUAGAAGCAUUACACUCGAGACUUUUGAGGAAAUGGGAGAAGGUAGUUAUAUAUCUGCAACUAAUAUAGAAGGAAAUAUCGAAGAAGAAGAAAUAAAAAUAUGUUUAUUUUGCAGUAAGCCAAGCACUGUAGUUUGUAAACGAUGUUUGGAAGCUAAAUACUGCUCUAAAGAAUGUGCGAAGUUACAUUGGCAACACCAUUACCAGAAUUGUAAACCCAUAGAAAAAAGUAUAUAUUUGUAAGUGAAAUUAUUCUGUUAUUUCCUUUAUUCUAUAUUUACUCCUUUCAAUGCAAAGUGCUUUCAUUGUGACUCUGUUAUGUUAAACAGUAUUCAUCGUUGCUGUUUUGAGCUAGAAUUUAAGAAUGUUAAUGUUUUCUAUAGAACUAUUUUACAAAUUAUUACCUUUUGUAUAAACAUCGUAAAAUAUAUAAAAUUUAAAAUAA